AUGAACGCAGCCCCAGGAAUCUUGGAGUCCAGACGUGAAAAUGAGAUUUCAUCCACCAUCCUUGCGAAGCAGUGGAAAAAGCUCUACGAGGCAGGAAAAGCGCAAAAUCCCCCGAUUGCAGCUAUUACUGCUGCUGCAUUCUUCUACCUCGCAUGGUCCGUUCGAUCCGGAAGAUCAUUAGUUCGGGGAGCAUCAAAUCUUCCUACGUUAUAUGGUUCAGCUGCUGUUCUCACGUUGAGCAUCGUGCCUUAUACCAUUGUAGCGAUGAGCAAGACCAAUGCGGCGCUGCUCACCAAAGCGACCGGCAACUCCAAAGUAGCUGAGAAGGCGAGCGCCGAUGUCGAUGAGCUUGUUCAAAACUGGAUUUCACUCAACACUAUCAGGGGCCUAUUGCCUUUGGUCGGGGGCCUUGUGGGUAUCUUCGCGGCGCUACCCUGA